GGGGUAGCAAUAGAGUCCUGGGUGCAGCCGUCAUCUCUUGUCAGCCCGAAAGUUCGGGGUGACGGUCCUGGCGUGGGCGUAUUGGGCCGCCGGAGUAUGUGUCUUCCGAAUUCUCGAGGACCUUUCUAUACGUUCUGACAAUUAGACCUGUCCACAAGAAGUGUCCACAAGUAAGGCUGCUUUUCUGUGCUGAAACUGAGGAGCUGAUUGGCGCCAUGAAAGUCUUCUGCGGGCGGGCCAACCCAACCACAGGAUCUGUGGAGUGGCUGGAGGAGGAUGAGCACUACGAUUACCACCAGGAGAUUGCAAGAUCAUCCUAUGCUGAUAUGCUGCAUGACAAAGACAGAAAUAUAAAAUAUUACCAAGGUAUCCGGGCUGCUGUGAGCAGGGUGAAGGACAGAGGACAGAAGGCCUUGGUUCUUGACAUUGGCACUGGCACAGGACUCUUGUCAAUGAUGGCCGUCACGGCAGGGGCUGACUUCUGCUAUGCCAUUGAGGUUUUCAAGCCUAUGGCUGAUGCUGCUGUGAAGAUUGUAGAGAAAAAUGGCUUUAGUGAUAAAAUUAAGAUUAUCAACAAGCAUUCCACUGAGGUGACCAUAGGGCCAGAUGGUGACAUGCCAUGCCGUGCCAAUAUCCUGAUCACAGAGCUGUUUGACACAGAAUUGAUCGGAGAAGGAGCGCUGCCCUCCUAUGAGCAUGCGCACAGACAUCUUGUGCAGGAAAACUGUGAAGCCGUGCCUCAUAGGGCGACUGUCUAUGCGCAGCUGGUGGAGUCCAGGAGGAUGUGGUCGUGGAAUAAACUCUUUCCUGUCCGCGUUCAGACUGGCCACGGAGAGCAGGUCAUCGUCCCCCCCUUGGAACUGGAGAGGUGCCCCGGUGCCCCGUCUGUCUAUGACAUUCAGCUGAAUCAGGUGUCGCCCACUGACUUCACUGCCCUCAGUGAUGUGAUGCCCAUGUUCAGUGUGGACUUUAGCAAGCAAGUCAGUAGCUCAGCGGCCUGCCACAGCCGGCAGUUUGAACCUCUGGCAUCGGGCCGAGCUCAGGUGGUUCUCUCCUGGUGGGACAUUGAAAUGGACCCUGAGGGGAAGAUCAAGUGCACCAUGGCCCCCUUCUGGGCACACUCAGACCCAGAGGAGCUCCAGUGGCGGGACCACUGGAUGCAGUGUGUGUACUUCCUGCCACAAGAAGAGCCCGUUGUCCAAGGCUCAAGCCUCUUCCUGCUAGCCCACCACGACGACUACUGUGUAUGGUACAGCCUCCAGAAGACCAGCCCCGAAAAGAAUGGGAGAGUCUCCCCACCACGCCCCGUGUGCGACUGCCAAGCUCAUCUGCUCUGGACCCGGCCUCGGUUUGGAGAGAUCAAUGAUCAGGACAGAACUGAACGAUACGUCCAGGCCCUAAGAACGGUGCUGAAGCCGGACAGCGUGUGCCUUUGUGUCAGUGAUGGCAGUCUGCUGUCCUUGCUGGCCCAUCACCUUGGGGCAGAGCAGGUAUUUACCGUAGAGAGCUCAGCAGCUUCGCACAGACUGAUGAAAAAAAUUUUCAAGGCUAACCAUGUGGAAGAUAAAGUUCAUAUAAUAGAGAAACGGCCUGAGUUGUUAAUGUCUGCAGACUUGGAGGAUGAAAAGGUCUCUCUCCUCGUGGGGGAGCCGUUCUUCACCACCAGCCUGCUGCCGUGGCACAACCUCUAUUUCUGGUAUGUGCGGACUGCCGUGGACCAGCAUCUGGGACCUGGUGCCGUGGUGCUGCCCCAGGCCGCCUCGCUGCACGCUGUGGUUGUGGAGUUCAGGGACCUGUGGCGGAUCCGGAGUCCCUGUGGUAACUGUGAAGGCUUUGAUGUGCACAUCAUGGAUGAUAUGAUUAAGCGUGCCCUGGACUUCAGGGAGAGCAAGGAGGCCGAGCCCCACCCGCUGUGGGAGUACCCAUGCCGCUGCUUGUCCGAGCCCCAGCAGAUCCUGACCUUUGAUUUUCGGCACCCAGUCCCCCCACACCCGGUCCGUGCUGAGGGCUCCAUCGAGCUGAGGAGGCCUGGGAGGAGCCACGGGGCCGUCCUGUGGAUGGAAUACCACCUGACCCCGGACAGCACUGUCAGCACCGGCCUCCUGAAGCCUCCAGACGACAAGGGCGACUGUUGCUGGAACCCUCACUGCAAGCAAGCUGUGUACUUCUUCACCAGCCCGGACUGCGGGGUCCCGCAAGGCGGCCCUCGGACCGUCAGCUAUACCGUGGAGUUCCACCCCCGCACUGGAGACAUCAGCAUGGAUUUCACUCUCUCAGACACCCUGGAGGACGGAUGCUGACACUCACUUGUUGAGAAAUAAAGUGGCCCGAGGGCUCUGGGCUCUGAA